UAAAAGAUUGCAUAUGAAAACAUUUCUUAACAACCUUAUAAAACCAUUGCUAGUUUCUAGGUCACCCAACACGUUAGCUUCUUUGACAGAACCCGAAAUGGACAGCAACCGCUAACUUCAAACGGUGUUAAAUAUCUGCCAUUGUCCAGCAAACUGAUUCAUUACCGCCUGAGUGUUGCCUGCCUAAGAUGGCUAUGGUAAAGAGUGGUUGGCUCCAUCGACAAAGUACCAUACUGCGUCGGUGGAAAAGAAACUGGUUUGAUUUGUGGGCUGAUGGGCGGCUUGUGUUCUAUAAUAAUCAGCAACGGCGUGACAUGGAGGAUGACAUCCACAUGAGGGUCGACUGCAUUAACAUCCGCAACGCUGUUGCAUGUCAAGAGCUGAACCCUCCGGAGGGGAAGAUGCGUGAUGCCUUGCUUCAGAUAGUGUGCAGAGAUGGACGGGUCAUCAGCCUGUGUGCAGACAGCGCAGAUGAUGCUCUGGCAUGGACUAUGGCACUUCAGGAUGCCAGAAUUAAUGCGGUGGUCACUACACCUCAGAUCGGCUUUGCACAGGAAGUGAUAGCAUCUGCUCCUCCCCCCUACUCAGAAUAUGCUCCACCACCUCAGCCUUUUUUGUUUCAGCAGGGUUAUGUCCUGGGACCGUAUGGAGAAUAUGUUGCACCUCCACCACGUGCUACACAGAUUGUUUACUCUGCUGAUGGGCAGCCCUACGCUUAUCCUUAUCAGUACCAAGGUGGGUACACCACUCCUGGAGUGAACCGUGUUGUUAUUCAUGAACGCCAGCAUGAAGACAGAGGAGAUGUGGCUUUGGGCAUGCUCGCUGGAGCAGCAACUGGUUUGGCACUUGGCUCUCUCUUCUCUGUCUUCUGAUGUCUUCAUUAAUGUACAUUUAGUAGCACAUACUCCCUAUGUGUUCUACACACACACACACACAGUAAAUACUGUUAGCACUUUCUCAUAUGCCCUGUGUGGCAGUUUCCCACCCCCUUUGUGUUGAAUGAAUGUCUCAAUAUGAAUGUUCUUAACCAAAAAGUACAACAAUUACUCACUUUUCAAGAGUUAUUUAAAUGACAGGAGAUACACUAUUCCUUUUGUGUACUGUACAUUUCAGGUCCUUACUGUUUUUCAGGUAUGUUUCUGUUUCAUGGAGCACAUUUGUCCUUUUUUAUAUUUGCAGAAUUAUCUAAAUAGCCAUGACUUGGUAUUUUUCUUUUUUUUUUACAGGUUUUAUGUUCACUUCUGUGUACUGUACCUUUACUUUGUCUCACAUGUAUUACUUGUCUGUUUUGGUUGGGAAUACGUAGUGUUUUUUUUAGUUCCGUGGGUUAUUUGUGGUGGAGGCAGGCUGAGAGUUGUGUGAAUGAGGAGUACACACACACACACACACACACACACACACACACACACACAAUGUAGCACUUUGAGGUUCCACCCGUUUGGUGGAUCCUGGUUGUGAUGGAUGUCUGUUUUCACCACCACAAAUAAGUCUAUGUAUGAGCAAACACUAGCAUUUACACAUACUUUGUGUUACACAUGUGCUUUGAAGUGAAAAGGGACAUCACUCCUCCUAACUAAUAUUUGCAUGCAUUAUUUAUGAUCAUUUUGUUGAUUGGCAACUAUUGAAUAAUACUUUUCAUUUCAUUUGAAAUGUUUGGAUUGAUAUUUUGCAUUUCAUUUCAGUAGCCUCGGUACGGUCCGCACAAAUGCAAAUCAGGCCAAUCAGCCUCUAGAGAUUUAGUUACAUUUCAAUUGGCCUAGGCUUUUGACUUUUCACUCCAAAUGACUUGAAUGUUGUCAGAUUUUUUUAUUAUUCAUGUUCGUUAUGACUACAUUUAUUCACUUUGAAUAGCAACUUCUACUACAUAGAAAACCUUUUUGGUCUGCUCUUCAAAUAUACUGCAUAUCAUUAU